CCACCUUGAAUCACCAUCAUGCCCGUCACCGAACUUGCCCUCCUCCGUCUGCAGGCCGGCACAACGCGCGCCGACGCCGGGCUCACAGGCAAUCUGCGCAAGGCCAAGCAAACCAUGGAGGCCUUCACUGGCCACGCCUUCCACUUCUACACGCAGCUCGAAGACCCCGCUCUCGUCUACAUCAUCGGCGCCUGGGACUCGCCCGAGCAGCACCUGCACCACUUUAUCCCCACGCCCGCCAACCAGCAUCUGCUCACCCUCCUCCGCGAUCAGCUCACUGUUGACUGCAUGUUCCACGUCGCACUCGAGCCUUGCGACAUCCCACUCGAUGCCCCCGUUUUGGCUAUCGCCCGCCACUUUGUUGCCCGAGACAUGCGCCCCCACUUUGCUGACACGUUCGCCCAGGCUAAACGCCCCUUGGUCGACUUCACUCGCCCCAAGAACGUCGUUGGCGGGUGGCGCGUCGAGAAGGAGGCGGACUCCAAGGAGGAAUGGGUGCUUUUCACUGGCUGGGACGACGUCGACCAGCACAGCAAGUUUGCCGAAUCCGAUGGCUUCAAGGAGUACAGCAAGAUUCGCGGUUUCAUCACUGGCGCCGAGAUCAAACACGCCGUGCGCUGGGAUCUAUGAGCUUUGUAGAUAAUGCAUAGGUAUAUACCUAUACAGACAGUAACUGAAUCAAUGAUCAAAUGCUUGACCUCGUG